AUGGACACAUGGCUAAUUGAAGUCCAGAAGUAUCCAGCCCUGUAUAUACUUUGCUGCUCCGCAGCAUUCAGAAUCCUUCAUAGGUUACUACAGACUGUGCCCUGUACGGUGGACACAGACCCCUGGAAGACAUGGAAAUGGAAGAACCUCUCAGUGUCUCUUGUCCACUCACUGCUGACUGGCACCUGGGCUGUGGCCUGUGUUAUACAGCAUCCAGUGAUGGUGCAUGAAAUCCAUUCAACCUACACACCUCUAUCCUACCUGCUAAUCGUCGUCUCAUCUGGGUAUUUCAUUCAGGAUGCUGGUGACAUUAUCUUUAGUGGGUAUGCUAAAGAAUCUUGGGAAUUUCUACUUGACCAUGUUCUGGUGAUCUGGUGUUUUCUGUAUGCUGUAUUCACACAUCAUUAUGUGGCAGGUGCAGUCGUGGCAUUAUUUGUGGAGGUGAACAGUGUAUUCCUACAUGCACGUUUAUUGCUCAAACUUGCUAGAGUGGCCCACAGUUCCUUGAUCUACUCGAUUAAUAAAAUAUUUAUUUUGGUAACCUAUGUAACCUUCCGGCUUGGAGCACAGUUUUACCUCACCUGGUACAUCAUAAACAACUACUCGUCAUUAGAGCAUGCCUUCCUCUUCCUGGUAACUAUGGUCCUAAUGAACAUAAUGAUUCUCAUUUAUUUCUACCGCCUCCUACGAUCCGACUUCUUCAGCAAGCGACGUCAUGAAAACAGUGUUCAUAAAUUUGCAGAGGACUAA